GGUGAUGAUCAUUGAGACCCAAUUGACGAAGACGUCAUCAGUGAUCUUGGAAGUAGUGAUUCGUAGUGUUUCCAAAGCAGAGGAAGUAGACGAUAGUCCGUUGGAUUCCCCUAGAUCAUUGAUUAUUAAUUAUUGAUUAUAGGUUAUUCAGUAAAAUGGUAUCAAUGUUCUGUGGAUUGUUGGUGGCUGCUGGUGUCAUCGCUGCUGCAGAUGCCAGAUCCGUACCCGAGGAACCUCUUUCCAUAGUGAUGGGUCCAAAUGGUUCUCCAAUGCUGUUGAUGCGUCCAAAGAGACAACCGACUCAGCCUUAUCCGCAUAAGACAAUGGUGUUCACCGGGUACUACCUGCCAAUUCGAACUGAUCCCGGACCAUUGACAGGUGUCUUCGCUCAGGGUGAUGCUGUCAGUGGGGGCUCUUACUUGGCAGGAAGUAGUCCAAGUUAUCAGCAAUCUGGGGCGGAACCGGCAGAGGAUCCAGAGGUGGCCAGCGCAGAGGCUGAAGCUUCGGACAGUGGAGAUGGUGAUGAUCAGAGUUAUUCAGGUGCUGGGGUCAGUGAGGAUCCACAACAGGAGGGACCACAGCAGGAGGAGGACAUUCAGCCGGAUGGAACCGAAGCCCCAGCACCAAAAAAGCCGAUCGCACCGCAAAAUCACUCAGCUAAACCGCCCUCGAAACCUCGCAGACCUGCCAAACACAACAAGAAGACCAUCGUUCCCCUCGACGAAGCUCCAGAAGAGGUCGACGAGGAAGAGGAGGAGGAAGACAGCGAGGAAGAAGAUCCCUACAAAACCGAUCGUCGCGACAAAAUACCAAACCUCAAUAACUUCUUCCCAAUGGUAUUCAGAUUCCCAAGUUCUUACGGCCACCGGGAAUCGGAGUCUAAUGCGUCGCCUCCUGGAAUGAUCACCGCCAUCGCCAACAGUUAUUCAACGGGGAAGGGUGGCGUCGCUAGUUCUGUUGCCACUGCCUACGGAGGAUCUCCAAAUGGAAAGAAGAAACGCGUCAAGAACUCUCAGGAUUAGAAUCAACCGAAUCUAGAAAUCUCCAACGUAAAUAGAAUUAAAUUCAACUACGAAGAAACAAUGUGACGGUUGCUUUUUACUGAAUAAAUAAUGGAUUUUCAGAAUUAAGUGGCAGUCCGGUUUAAUUAGCAUAAUUAUGAUUGAACGAUUGUUUCACGUUUAAUAAACAAAA